GCGCAAUUUGCUAGCUGGCGUUCUUCCCCUGUGGUUUGACGGACAAUGUUGCAAGACGUAGUGAUAACCAAGCUUUUCUUACCAGAGCGACGAGGAAAUCUCUUACUGACAAACAUAAAACAAGAGCCAACUUCGGAAGGCUGCCCCUCUCAGAGCUUGUCCGCUCCAGUUACGGAAAUUUCUGAACCUACUCAAUCUAAUAGUCGAAUUCGAUUUACAAGGUCGCAAAGCGUCACCUGUCCACCACCUUACUUUACUUCAUCUGAACACAUAACCCUCCCUGGAAAUACUUUCUACACUUGGUCGAGAUUUUGUCAGCAACCGAUUUCUGGGACGCUGAGUGGACAUCUGAACGAGUCUAAUGGACUUGUUGUAGGAAGUUCUGUACCUGCUGUAACCAAUGUCAAUGAUUCCACUGCCCUCAUCGUACCCAGUACAAUUCGUCAGCGUACACCACAUGAUGAUCAGUGUUCAUCAAGUAACGUGAUUCAUAAUACAGCUUCCGCAGACACACGCCUACAUUUGGCGACAGGUGGUGAGUGUGUUAAUUCGUUACCAUUUGGUAACGACACUCUCUCUGGUUCUUCAUCUGGUGUCACUCUUCCUCCAACAACGCAAUCUUCUGGACCUAGGACUUCUGAUGCAUUUAAUCAUCGCCCAGUUCAUUCAGCUGUUCGUAAUAGAUGUACGUUAGUUCCCCGUCCCACACCACUAUCAAAAGGAUGCACCCAACCGGAAACCGGUGUAUUGCUGAAUUCACAGCCACCAAUGGUAAACACUUGUUCCCAACAAUUAGGAAGUAAUAUACAAAAUCCAGUUGUAUCUACAGUCGAUCCGAACAGAUUGUCAAUCUCUUCAGCCGCCAACAGGAUUAAUGAACAAAUUUUGAACCCUCCUCCUCCUCCUCCUAUGGAUGAAAAUGUCCUAUGGGGUCGUGUCACUCGAAACUCAUCGGGAGAUUUAAAAUUUCCUGGCAUAAAUCGCACUUUUAAAAGUGUUUCUUCAGUCUUGAGACAAAUUUAUCAAACGGCUAAAGCUGAAGACAGUUUGUCUUUACAGUUACCGUCAUCGGCGAUUCAAUGUGAAAAUGAGGCAAAUAUUCGAUUAGAAAACUCACUACCCAAUUCGCUACUUAAUUCGACUUCAAGAAAAGGUUUAUAUAUUUGCCUGUGUUGCCGAUCGACAUUUACAAGUAGUGCUUUGUAUGAAGACCAUCUGGAUCGUGCCGUUGCUCGAAUAUUGUAUCGUUGUCAUAUCUGUCGUGGUUCUUGGACGACUUCACGUGAGGCGGUCAGUAUCGCUGAUAAUCAUGAGAGCGAAACAUGCUCACGGUUUUAUUCUGUUCUACCGGGUGGAAUUAUCAGCGCUAAUAAUAAAUGCGCUAUAUUUACUCACUUGGUAUCUGCACACCCGGAUAAAAGAAGUGAUUGGAUUCUACGACCAUCACUUCUUACAAUUUGUCCGUUGGUUAUGCCAACCACAUUUUUAAAUUUAGCAGCACAGACCGCCUCCACUACUACUGAUAUCCAAUCUUUUGAUGUAUCGAAUGAGCAGCAAGCGCCUACACGUCUAACAUCCAAUCAACUUGUCAAAACUCAUUUGAUGAAUGAUUUAUGUAAAUCAAGAGUUUGGAGUGAUCUUCAACAUAGUCUUAGCAAUAUAUCUGCCCUCGGGAGUCUCGACUUUCUCCAGCCAUCAUCAUCAGCGUCAUCUCUCUGUAAACAAGUUUCCUCCAAUCGUGUAGGCAGAUUAACUCGAACAUGUAACGACAUUGUUGUCGAGAGGUUCUCUUCUUUAAAGCGUAUUUUCACUCCGAGUAGCAACAACAGUGAAAGCAAUUUACCUAGCCUGCCUUGUUCAGAUAGUGUCUUAUAUCGUUUAAUUCUGAAUUCUGCCACUAGCGAAAUUUGGCAUUCACACCUUUUUCUACCGGAAUGGUGUAGUGAUGAAAUCAGAACAAUUGGUACUCCUGCUAGAACAACAGCGACAGCGACAGCAACAACAAAAACAGUAAAUCGUCAAGAUGAAAAUAAUCCGGUUACUAUUCAAACUAAUAAUAAUAAUGAUGAUGAUAAUGAUGACAAUGUGGAAAAUGGUCAAACCAAUUACUGUGAUAACAGUGUGAAUGUUGGCGAUAGUUACAGUGCAAUGAGUAGAAAAGUUAGCGACACCUGUCUACCUCCAUCCGCUCCAUCCAAUGCUCAUCUGAAUUUGGCUUUAAACGCGAUACUGUCUUCGUAUCGUUCACCACAGUCUUCAACUCCAUCGUCGUCAUCAUCAGGAACAACAGCAUUGGUUCAAUCGUCUGAUUCAAUCAACCGACGAGGUGAUCUCGAAAAUUCUGAUAAUACGCCAAUACAAGCGACUAGUAAACAUGUAAUGGUCACCUCGUCAAGUGAUCAACCACCAUCGUCAUCAUUAUCGCAACAACAACAACAACCAUUCGGUGUGUUACGUUGUCUCUUAUGCAAAUUUAAAACAAAUGAUAAACAAAGGCUUAAAAUGCAUCUUAUGGGUAGUGGUCGAACUGUAGUCAAUACAAAAUGUGGCCUAUGUGGUCAGCUAUUAAGUAUAGAACAACCAAAUUUAUGUUUGAUUAAGGCUCAUAUACUGUUACACUUGGGAUGUCAUAUAAUGUGUCCUCAGUGUGGAUUUACGCCUCCAGCACAUUUAUCGCCUGAUUGUGCGGAGUUGUGCUUACGUGCACAUCUUCGCUUUGUAUGCUAUCACUUUAAUUUGAGAGAAAUCUUUCAAUGUUGUUAUUGUCAUGAAAGUGGUGGUAACAAAAAAGGCUAUAAGGCGUUUGAAAAUCUAUGCCAACAUUAUUUUGAAUGUCAUACAAGGCGGAUUUAUUCAUGUUUACUUUGUGUACAACACCAGAAACAAUUGCAAUCUAUUGAAGAAUUAACAAAUCAUAUGAGAGUUAUUCAUGGUGCUAAUACGCCGCCUGGUGCUAUGAAUUCUUCGACUUCUACUGUUCAUCCAAUUUCUGGAUUUGUAAGUGAAUCUCAGACGGUGUUAUUGCCACCCUCAUUAGUAAACAUGAAUGGGCCACCGGUGGUCCAUGGAAAUGGUAAUUAUAAUUCCAGUGUGAUGAGUGAGAAUGCAGAUUACUCCACAAGAUAUCAGUGCAUAGAGUGUUUGAGAGUUCUUGAUACAAGAGAGGAGUAUUUCCGACACUUCAGUGCUGAACAUCGAUCAGCGUGUAUUCAGGAAAACUAUUAUCGAUGUUUUGUGACACCAAGAGGAAACAACGAAAUCAAUCUAGUACUUCAAAAUCAAGAAUCAGUAGCAGACAAUGGUUCUAGUUCCGACUGUUCUCAACAGCUACUGCAACAACAACAACAACAUCAACUACAAGAAUCUCCUAGUAACUGUGAAACAACUCCAUUCACUGCUCGAUACUUUACAGAUCUGAUAAAUUUACACAAUCAUGAAAGAGAUUCUCACUUUUUCGACAGUCGUAAACUGAUUGCUUGUCCUUGGUGUCACAAGCAAUUGACAUUUUCUAAAAAAGAUAAUGCUAAUGUGACUUAUGAACACUUAUUAUCACAUGUUCAUGAACACUAUAUGGUUUCUUGGUGUCUUGCACGAACACGUCAGUGGAAUGAAAAUGCUAAAGCUCUACCACAUUGUGUAUGUGGAUUAGCCUUACUUGAUUCUCCACUGGCUAUUUUAUCGCAUUCUGGAACACAUUUGAUACAUGCAGACAAGUACAAGUCAUCGUGUAUUGUUCCUCCAGAUCCUAUACAACUACGUCGAUUGAAGCGUCAGCAUCCGAGUUCAUCAUCGUCAUCUUCAAAUAAUCGACAGUAUUCAUCAGAGGAAUUUCUAUUCCCGAAACCUAAUGAUCACAUUCCCUGUUGUAUAGAAGUUUAUCGACAUCUACGAUUUGGUGUUUCUCCACAAUUUGACGCCCACCUUUUAGAAGCAACUAAAGGAAGCUUAACCUUUACAUGUCCUAUUUGUCCCACAGUGCUGUGUACUCGUUGGGCGUUAACACAGCAUGCAUUUUCAGAGCAUUGGGGCACUUUAUGCUAUAUUUGUUGUAUUUACACAUUCAAUUCUGAUGAGAAUUCGCCUUCGUUAGACAUCAGUACUGAUGAUGGGAAUGUACAGAUGCCAAAUGCCUGUCCAUCAAUGUCAUCUUUACCAACUAUCGCUUCUUCGUCUUCGUCGUCUUUAUCUCCAUCUUCUUUGAUGACCACGAAGAAGAUAGCAUCAACAUCCACAACAGCGACACCGACACCACCGACUGAGAUUAUCGUACCACAUUCAAUGGAAAUAUCGGCUAAUUUAUGGGAUCACAUUUUUCAGUGCAUGAAUCAACGCCGUGAUCUCCUGAAUAAUAGUCAUCAUCAUCAACACGGUCCAUUUCCUUCAAUGUCUUCGUUGUCAAUGUCGUCAGCACCAUUAUCAUCAUCAUCAUUGACGAAAGCUGGUCUUCGUGUGAAUGAUGUUGACAACCAUCACGACCAGCACCCCGACCAGCAGCAGCUGUUCAUUAGGGAAAUUGAUUUAGACCGUAGUGAAAGUGAGCUACCAAGAUAUUCUUACAAUUAUGAUAAUGGUUCUGAUUGUCAUGAUCCCGGUGAAAAUUUCAAUGAUUUUGCGCUUACUAUUGUGAGUUCACCUGAACAUGAGAAGAUGACCAAUAAUGAUAAUAAUGCUGAUAAGAAGUGUUCAGAUGUGGGUUCCUCUUCAACUCAGAUACAAGAUAUCAAUGAAACAUAUUUAUCAUCUAAUAUUUCAACUGACGCCAUCUCUUCGACCAGCGUCAGCACCACUACCAUUCCUAUGACUUCCAACUCGUCGUCAUUGUUAUCUACCGCUGCUCCUGCUACCGCUAUUACUACUACUACGAAUACUUCUGUUGUUGUUGCUGCUUCCGCUCCUCUUCCUUCAUGUAGUAGUGCUAUUGAAUAUGUACAUAAAAUAUUUGAUAAUAAAUCUUUAAAGAGGAAAGCAACAACAACUUCAGAAUCUUGUGGAAGUACAUCUCAUAAACGGUUAUCCCUAUCAUUAAACAAAGGUGAUUGCAGCAACGACAACAGCGUACAAGGUAGUUGUCAUCGCAGUAUUGAAGGUGUUGGUGGUGUUAGUGCUGGAGGUGAUGAUAAUGACGAAUAUAGUUCAACUAAUAAUUCUGCUACUACUACUCCUUGUAUUGACUGGGGGGCGCAAGAGCAGCAGGUCAGUGGAGGCAUAUCACGUAGUUGGGAUGAUACAAAUGUUACUGAAAUGUCGGUGUCUGAUAGACCAAUAAUACCAAGUGGAGCUGUAUCGAAUUCGUCUGUACCUGUGGUAAUUUAUAAAUGCUACCUGUGUCGAAAUAAAAAAUAUCCUCUUCGGUCUUCAUGUCUGUAUCAUAUGACCGUUGCGCAUGGACUUGGAACGUCAGAACUGGAUUGGAAUCGUAUGAUUGAAACAAACGAUGGUAUACGGAGGUUGUCGAAUAUGAAAUCAGCGGAAACAUCAUUCGGUCAAAAUAACGUUAAUACCCUUCAUCAGGAUUUUCGUUUGUAAAUUAAUCAAAUGUUUAAUAUACUCUUGAUUUG